AGACUCGGGACCCCGCACGCUUGCGCGCCGCCCGCUGCCUGCCGCGGCUGGGAGUCCGGAGCUUUUAGCUUGUGAUGGUUUCGGUUCGGCUGUCAGAUGGAGGGUGUGAGCUUUGCAGACGUGCCCUAAUUUCUGGGUCUGGCGGAGCGACAUUGGGCCCUCUGAGCUGCCACCCUGGCCCUGACGCCCCAUUACCCCUCGUUCCUUCCUCCCCCCAUCCGUUGUCACGCUCUCCCUUUUCCCACAGCUGGCCUCUGUUCAGCUGUGCCGAUUGCCCCGCAUUCCUUCUUCCUGCAAAAGGCAGAUGGGAAGGGAGCUCUGUCUGGCCUAUUCCGGACAGAGCUCCGGGCUUCCGAGUGGAGCACACGCCCGCGGAAGAGCCACAUGUCUACGUUGAAGACAGCUGGGGCUGCCGCACGCCUCGGGGUUACUGUCGGGCACCCGGCGGGCGGGGCCGGCGCUGGGGCGGGGGAGGGCUUCCUCGCCCUCAGAAACCACAUUCGCAGAAACGCUUUUAACUGGCAAGGUUUCGAGUUCCCAACCACAGCACCCUCAGUGAUGGUUUUCAGAAGACCUUGUUAGCUCCUCUGCUCCAGAGACCCAUCCUUCGCUGACAUCCCACCGAUUUGGGGGAAGGAAAAAACAGACUCCUGCAAAAUACCUCUUCUUCCAGUGCCCUGUACCCCUCUCUACUUACUUCGGGUCCCUGCAGCCCAGCAGCAACCCCAAACGAGUGAAGGGAGGAGACAUCGGUUUGUCCAGGCUCUGCUACCGACGGGUGAUUUGGGAUAAGUCCUUCUCCAGUAUCAUUAUUUUCAACUGUAAAACAUGAGGGUUAGUCCGAAUGAUCUCCAAACCCUUCAGCAUUAAAGUUAGGUGAUGAAUCCUAAGAUUUUGCAGUUCUAUAAUGUCACGUCUCCUCCGUUUCAGAGAGGGCCCGCAGGGAAUCUUGUUAAGGAUAACUGCCAUCGAAGUUACAAGUUUGUUCUGUGAUUGGAGAGUUUGAGGUCUUCUAGAUUUCUUUGGCAUGACACAUAACUAUUUCAAGAUACUAACAUUU